UUGACCAUAUGUGUUGUAGCUGGAGGGCAUUUUGGACAAACAUUCCCAAUCCCAGUAAUUGAAGGUCCCAUGACGGAUGACCGGAUACGAGGACCAACCAUUGAUGGUUGGUACACCUUAUCGCACACAGGCAGCACGGUUUUGUGAGAGAACACCUUAGAGCACACGAUGUAAACCAAACGAAAAGAAAAUAGAAAUACAGAGAGUCGAGAGCACCAGUUUGCCAUCGGUGGCACACAAAUGAAAACGGAAAAAACACGCACACACAGUGAAGAGAACGAUCAGCAUGCUCGGAAGGCUCCAAAACUUCCCCCGAAAAAAAAAAUAUAUAUAAAGCCCCAAUAUAAAGGAGGCGCUGGGAGAGCAGCGAUGGCGUGUGAUUAAGGCGAGGGAGAGUGCGUGAAAUUGUCUCUCGCGUACCGAAGAGCGAAGAGUGGUCCCAUUCAGUCGGGUUGCCUUGUUGUGUGUUUGCUCCGUGUGUUGCUCCGUGUGACCUCGCAGUACGCAUGAGUGAUGUUAUCGAUUGAUUGCGCACGCAAACCCUUUGCUCGUCGCGCCAUCUCGCUGCAACCGAGCGCUAGUGGCCAGCAGCAGCAGCAGCAGCAGCAGUAGUAGCACCAGCAGCAACAUCAGCAGUAGCAGCACCAUCAGCAGGCUGCGCACAGCACUGUGCCAAUGGUGGAAGUGUUGUUACAGCACCAGCAGCAGCAGCAGCAGCGGCGGCAGCUCGAGUCGUUGUCAGUGUCAGUGCGGUCGUGCAGCAGGAGCAGUGCUAGUUUGGCGUUUGUCGCUCGUGGUGGCUGUCAGUGUGGGCCCGUGAGCCCGGUUUCGGUGGUGCGUGCGUGCGCGCGUGACCGUCGCGGGCAUUAGAGCAGGAAAGCGCCGUCACAAGAAGAGGAAAAAGAGAAGCAAGGAGGAAAAAAGAAGCAGAAGAAGCAGAAGAAAAGGGUAUUAGAAGCAGAGAGGAGGAAGCGAGGCGCCACCGGAAGUGCCCGUGGUAUUUUUUUUUUCGUUCGAGCCGCCUCCGGCCGUGGCAUCGUCGGUAGUGACGGGUGGACGCGGGGGAUCGCGGGGCAGCGGGACGGCAGAGAGCGGACGUUCGGCGCACGGCGGACGAUGAUGGUGGGGCCAUGAGCCCGAGCCCCGAGGUCGUUGCGAGCCGCAAGCGCGUCUCAAGCGGGCCUGCACCAUGCUAGCGCCGCCGAACCCGAGGUCAAUAUGCGGCCAGGACCCGGGCUGGUCGUGAUGGCGCUUGCGUUUAUUUCGGGGGCUCGGCGAGGCACCGGUCAACAGAGCAGCAGUGCCAGUCAUAGUGGCAAGUUGGGCAAAGUUGGAGAAGACAAUACGGGAGAAGGCGGCGCACUAACGCGGAUCAAUCCGUGGCUUUCGGCGUGCGAUCUGGAGCAGCCCAACUCGGCACCGGAUCUCCAGGGUCAAUGUUCAGCCGGUACACUGCCUGUGGCCUGGAUAGACGAAGGUCCUGGACCACCGCGGUGUCCACCGCCAUGUGAAACAUUUCGUACACAUGCUACAUAUAAUAAUAAUAAAAAUAGUAAUAAGCCAUACAAUAUUGAUAAUACUAAAUAUAACAUGGAGAACCGGUUAAAUGAUAAACAACAGUGCCUUGACUAUUUGGGCGAUAAUGAAGAGUUAAGUCCAGCACAAAUUUGUAAAAAAUCGUCACAAAGUAUUGAGACCAAGCUGAAAACAUUACGUUUAAGACAUUGUUGUGAACGUACCGUUGGCAGUGCUUUACACAACGCAGCCUACGCCGACGUGCUGUACGGCGGUACCAACUGUACCGGGCGGCUGACCGAGCUGCUGGAGACGGACGCACUGGCGGCACGGAUCACAUGCGAAUUUACCGAGGUGCUGAUACGGUACGACUGCGGACAGCCGUACUCAAUCAUCCACCACUGUGAGGAUUGUAAGGAGGCAUAUCGAAGGUGGGGCUGCAGUGUUUUUAUACCGUACUUCACGUCGAGGGACGACAUCAAAAGUGUUAACAAUAAAACCGGUAAUCGAGACAGUGACCGUGCUACCCAGGGGAAAUCGAAUGCCAUCUUUGGGGACGCCGCGAACAAGCAGACUGAACCGAACAUGAACGAUGCAAACAAGCAGCAACUAGUAAAAAAUAUAUCAAUCACUGUAAAAAGUUCACGCCGAAAAACGCAACGAGUACGAAUACGACCAUGUCUAAACGUAUGUCAAACCGUAGAGCAAAAGUGCCCGUAUAUGCUGCCGGGCGAUCGGGCACCAGCCUAUCCGACGCAGUACGCCGGGGAACCGACGUUUCUUUGUCGAGACCUUAACAUCGAAGAAACGGGCGAUCAGCUGCGAAAGUCAAACAACGGUCCAACCGGUUGCUGCUACGACUACUGUGGUUCCAGUCCCAUCGAUGGGCUCUGUGCACGAUGUGAUCCGCUGCACAACGAGACGCAACAUCCAGACAGCGCUGCGCUAGCACUCAGCAGCGAACCGCCAGCGAUAUCGCCCAGCUGCCCGAGCAUCACAACGCCAACGAGCAGCUCCUCCCUGUCCGAGCAGUGCCGAUUGUCGCAGACCGCCAUUACGUCCACUGUUACGACCAGCUCUCCCAGCACCACCACCACCGCCACCACUACUGCCCGCAGCAGCAGCAGCAGCAGUAGUACCACCACCAGCACUACCACCAUCACCACCAUCAGCAGCCGGCGGCUCACGGGAGACAGUGCCUCCACUACGGCCAUGUCGGUGCCGUCGGGAUCGUCACCAGCACGGGCGAUCUCAUCCCUGCUGCGGGCACUGUGCGCCCUCGGUUCGGUGUACCGGACGCACACGACCGGGGUACAAUCGUGGAUAGCGAUGGUAGCGGUGCUGACCGUCGGUACCGAGCUUGUCGCCUGGACGAAGCAACUCGUGCACCUGCUCGUGGUGUUAUAGCUCACGGUGCAAAGGGCAGCGGGAAUUAACCGACCCGCACGCACAGUCUGCCCAAGGCUGGGCCCAACUAUACCGACCCAGCAAGCCACAAACGACCGACGAGCAAACCACCUACAAACCCCGUCUCAGGACGCUUCUGCAGGGUGACGAAGAACCAAUCCGCAGAAUGGUAAGGUAAAAGUCAGGUAGUGAAUCAUACCGGAGAAGAAGAACAAAACCCAAAAACAACACACGAAUAACAUUACUCCCUAAAGAAGCAAAUUUCGCCAAAGCGUUGCGCACUGACACGUGCAAUAAGGAAGGGAAAUAACCACACCGUCAGUAGUGUUUUGUGUGCAAAAUCAUAAAAGAAAAGGAUUAGAAAAAACAAAGAACGAGAGCAACAACAGAAACCAAAACAACAAGAACAACAACCAAAACAAAAUCACAAAACCCCGAAAUAAUAAUUGCAAAUUGAGAUACCUAAUAAGGAAAGCAGGUGCGAAGGAGUUUUAGGAACAAAUCGAAACACGUUAGUGCUUCAAAACACGAAACAAGUAGUAACAAAAUAUGUAGCAAACAAAAAAGCAAACACAUACACACGUACACAGCUACACCACAAAAACUCAACAAAACAAAUCAGCGACGGGAAAUGGUGCCGAGUAAAACACAAACAAAACCAAACUAUUUAACACAUUAACGAAUUACGGGAACGCGACAUCCGAGUAGUCAAACGAAACAAAACAAAUACAACACUGUUGCAGUAAAUACAAUGCAAACAAAACAAGCGAAAACAAGCGAAUGGAGGCGGACGCAUGCGGGGAAGCGAUAUAGCUACUAUCGAAUCGGAAUGGCUCAUAGGGCCCGCGAAUAGAAGCAUGGGAAUGGAAGAUAUAAUUACUCCACGUCAGAUAUUUGUAACAGAAAGCUUAACAAAUAAGCAAUUCACCAAAGGUUAAAGCAAAACAGAGCUAGAGUUUAACAUGACUUUUGUGCGUGUGUAUGUGUGUGUGUGUGCGUGUGUGCGCGUGUGAAUGGGAAAGGGACAAGUAGCGUAUAUGGAGAACGAUGUCUGCCAGAACGUUCUGCACUAAGAAUUAUGGCAAAUAGAAACAAAACAACCACCAAAACAAAGCAAAAACAAGCAAACUAGCUAGCCAAACCCAGCCCGAACGCAUCCUGCCAUCUUGGAUCAGUGUUGUAAGGAUGGCAGGAAAGGGUAGCAGAAGGUGGGGUUUGCAAGCAGAAACAUACGCGUAUACAAUAAUGUUACAUCGCUGAACAAAAAAAAACAACGUAAACGACAGUUAAACAAGUGUUUGAAAUAAAAUCACAAAGGAAACAUCAACAAACUGAUGGACAAUUUAGGUGAAAUAUUAAAUUUAAACUUAUUGGUAAGGGAGUUUAGGGAAGGCAGAGGAAUAAGAAUGUUAUAACAGUAUAGGCAUAGUACCAUGCAUAAUGAAUUCCACAAUAGAUUGGCGAGCCAGCUGAUUGCUGUGGAAAGCGGAAAAACCGCUGAUUGUGUUUGCGGAGCAUCGCCAUUUAGAAAAAAAGGAAACACUAAACGCGCCAAAACAUGGGAUCUGAAUGUGUGUUCGAAUGUGUGCGUGCGUGUGCGUGAAUGUGUGUGCGUGUGUGUCUGUAUGCGCGUAGAAAGUAUUUAGAGCUCGAAUCACAUUUCAGCCACCAAAACAAAACAAAAAACAAACUUAAACCAAAACCGAGAAUUGCAGACGACUCGCGUUUGAAUGUACGGCCAAAAACCUAACCGUUGUCGGGCUAAGCUAGCUGUAAUACACUCGUGACCUCCAGGGAGGGCAAACGUUAUUUUUUUAAACUGAAAACGAUAUAGGGCGGCGUGUUCUAAUUUGCUUGCGCGGGUGCACAAGCAUAAAGAGUUUCGGUGUGAAGAACAGUGAGGCAUAGAAAGUUGUAUAAAGGGGAGAGAAUAUAGAGAGCGAGGAAUUAAAGUUGAGACCGCGAACGGUACAUAGUGGAAGUGUUAGUUUUGUUCGUUGUGAUGUGAGACGCUGUGUUGUUUUUGUCGGUGAAUCGUUUUGUGUUGAGCGUUUGUGUUUUGGUUUUUCGGGGUGUUGGGGAAGGGACAGUUUUCGUACAUGCGGGUUUUCUUCUUUUGUGUGAAGGACAAAAAAACGGGAUCACCACAGAGCCUGUGUGCGGAAUCGGUGUGGUGUUAGCAGCAACAACAACAUCAACAACCACAAAAGAUAAGGAUAAGGAAAAAGCACAUACACACAUACAAAGCUAUUACUACUAAGACGACUCACCGCAAGAAUAUUGAAGAUGUAAGCUAGUUUUUAUUGAACCUUCCGCUAGCGGGAAUCCACGCAAAUCGGCUACUAAUAUCGCAAGCUAGGGAACCGAGGCACCGAUCACCCGAUUCACACGUAUACCUUCCGCUCACCUUUCAAUACGCAAGAAAUGGCAUCAAGAAACUACACCAUACCUUUGUACAAUAUAUUAUCUCUUUAACCUUUCACUAGCAAUGAACACGCUGAGAAUGAAACUAAAGGAAAAUCCAGUUUGUGAUGAAGGUACAGCAAAACAAUAGAAGUGAAUUAGGAAACAUAGCACAGCGAGUAACACAAAGAUCUUUAAACAUAGAAAAAGAGAAAGAGAGAGAGAGAGAGAGAGAAAAAGUAAGAGAGAGAGAGAGAGAGAGAGAGAAGUAGAACGAAAGAAAACGUAAGCAUGAACAAUACCGAAGAUGGUUGGAAUAAUUGCAAAAACAUGGAACAAAAUGCAGCGCGAAACCCAAUGUUAAAAUAUACACACCAACAGUAGUAUGUGACCUCUUGCAAGCUGAUGGCAGGCCAAGAACAAUGAGAGAGAAAAACGCCACACUCAAAAGCCCGAAUGAUUUUACGUGCGUGCGAAUUCUUAUCUAAUGAUGCGCUGGGUAGCAGCUUAGAGCAGAGUGCUACUAAAGAGGCCGACGGCAAGCGAAGGGGAGAAAUAACAAACAAACACAGAAAAGAAGACCAUUUUGGAUGCAAAUUGCCAAACCGUGCGAAGCACGGAGAACUCUUUAUAGAAAAAUUAAGCCAGCACUAUUAUAAUUAGUCCGUCAAUUUUUACAACAAUUGUUGUUAGGUAAUGAGUAUAAAAAGGCUGUUGGGUGUUUCAAGGCUGAAAGGAUGCGUCAACAUGUUACGAGAAAGAAAAUGAAGGGCAAGAGAGCGAGAGAAAGAGAGAGAAAGUGAGAGAGAGGGAGAGGGAGAGAGAGAGGAAGAGAAAGGAUGGAGACGAUGGCAUGUUGGCAAUUGGUCCACUGGUCUACGUUAAACACAUACAUCUGUUGGCAACACAUUUGUGUGGUGCAAACCAAAAGCAAUUGGAUGACAGCAUAGCUGGCACCGGCUUCUAACACCUCCUAAAUAGUUCUAAAUCGUAGCCUAACGACUUAGCAUACGCAUUAAACCCACCAUGCUCGCCAUUUGAGCUCAGGCUCAUCCCGAAAUCUGUACCGUCUUGGAAUAUCUUGCUCUGAAGGAAAGCAAAAGAGCGGGAAGCCUGGCUUUGAUUGCUUUUCGAUCAUAUAUGCCUCGAAGAGUUUAACAAGAUCCUUUCGUCAUUAUCAUCUCUCUCUCUCUCUCUUGUUCCCUCAAUAUCUCUCUUUCUCUAGCUCUUUCUUUCUCUUUCUUACUUUCAUCCUUUCUUUUGUACUCAUUCUCUCUGGCAUGCGUCGCUCUCUCUCUCUUACUCUCUAUCUCAUUCUCUUCAUCUUUGUUACACGGUCUGUGAACGUACUUUUCCCAGUUUCAAUACGAUCCAGCCUUCGGAGGAAAGCGAAUUAUCCUUACGAAAAGAAUCCUUAAACGGAAAGUGAAAAACAAAACAAAAGACCCCAAAACAGAAUAACGUCAAACGAGAAAAGUGAAUCCACAGGAAAUCAAAGCAAACAGAAAAAACACACACGCACUCACACACACAAAAAAAAGCAAACUGUUAAUGUUCGACGAGAUACUUUUAGCGUUUAUCUCAACCAAACAGAACAAACCCUGCGUAGGAUGAAAAACGGGAAGUAAAAGGUAGAACGAAAAAAGAGCAAAAAAGAAAUGAAUAAACAGGCAACAAAUUCUCUGACAAAAAUUAUAAUCAAUAGUUGUUAAUAUAAAUGUGAGAUGUAGAAAAUAAUAAACAAACCAACACACACACACCCACACCCACACACAAAACAAAAACGUAAAAGAAAUACAAAGGAAGCAAACCGCAAUCGUAAUUGUGGUAAAGUUUCGGUAACGGGGCCUGUUGAGGGUGAUUAUUGUGGUAAACUUCUUUACCAAGGCCACGCAUAGUACGAGACUAUUGAUAGUAUCGAGAUCGAAAUUUAUCGAUCAACCUGACGGAUCAGAACGAGUGCAAAUGGGUACAGAAGCGAAGGUAGCCAAGAUGGGAAACAGGAGUAGAAGCUGGAGGAGCGGUGGCAGGGAGGGGGUGUAUAAUUAUCACAAAACAAAAAUAACUUAAAAAACUGACGAAAAAAGUAACAAACGAUUAACAUACCAGAAAACAAUAAAACAUUAAAUAAUGAAACCAUUGGAGGGACGUAGGCUAUUGCGGAGUGCGGCCGACGGCACGGCGGUGUGAGGUGAAAACACAAAAGCAAACUUAGCACGUUUGUAAGCAAACAAAAGUGAAUUAAACUACGAAUUAAUUACAAGCGUCUUCAGGAAUGAAUAAAUCGUUGAAUUUAAAACCAAAUCGUCUGCACGCGUGGAAUAGGGAAGCGUGAGGAUACCUAGAGAUAGUUAAGAAAAUAGCAUACAACAUAACACAAUUCCGGACGGAAAUUUACACGGAAACACACACACACACACACACGCAUACACACGCAAACAACACAAAUACACUCACAGACACAUUGUGAAACUAAUUAAUAAUAUUUGCAAACAACAGCAACUGAGAAACAAACAAACGCUCGUGUUUAUAAAUCGAAGCCAAUAAAUACUCCGACGAUGCCAGGAACAGUAGCAGAAGGUGUAAAAUACAAAAUUAUUGUAAUAAUGCUGUACGAAUGUCGGUGGACGCUGUCGACGACGAGCGUUAGGUAGCGUUUAGUAGCCAUAAUGUGUGCCGGGUUGAAAUGGGGGUUGCGAUCACGACCCUAGCCGAACAUCCCACCCGAAUCGUUAGUUAUUACCGCACGAUCAACACAGCCAUCGCCACGGCCCCAACACACGCACACACGCAAAUGUAACCCCGCAUCACAUGGCGCAGGACGUGGCGCUAGUUUUUUGUAGCGUGUACGGUCACUGCACCGCCCACGACAGGACAGUCCAGCAUUGAUAUUAUAAUUUCUGCCGUCAAGUGUUUGCGUGUGAAUGUGAGUGUGUGUGUGUGUGUAGGAAUUUUGGGCAGUUGCGCUACGCCAGGCUACAAAAAUGAACACAUUAGGUUUUGCAAACGCUCCUUCCAAGGCCCACAUUUUCGCCGCUUCGUUAAGGCGCAAGUAUUUGGUAAGUUGUUGUAGACUGCCUAGUGUUUAGUGGGACGUGGCACAACGGUACCGUGCGGGAAUCGAUUGAAUCAGUAUUAUGAACGCCCUCCUCCCACCACCUCUCCCCCCCCCCACCACUCUCAUCCAUGUUUUCCGGCGACUUAUACCCCGGUUCGGUGUUACAAAGCGUUACGGGCUCGCAAAGCACCGCCAUACUCCGGCAAACCGCGAAACUCUCCAAACAAAAAUCCAAACAAAGUAUCAUUACUAGAGUGUACAGAUUUGAAAUUGGGAAAAAUAUAGAACAACAUGGCGAAAUAAUAAAUGAACGAUCGCCGUCUGCGCACGGGAGACACGGGUUCGAAUGUAAAUGGGAACUGGAGGAGGUACAACAAUAGAACCGUCAAACAAAAACAAUAACGUAAACUACAAUCCAAUUACAUAAACACACAUACAUACACAAACAUCCAUAAACACACAUACGGAGACACGUAGAUGCGAAAGUAAAAACAAAACCAACCAACACUCACACACACAAGAAUUCUGCAACAAGAGGAAGAGAAAUGUUUGUACAGUAGAUGAUGUAGAAAUUGUUUCCGCAAAAUGUAUAACCACUACACGAAUGGAUACAACAAUGCUCUGUUAUUGAUAAAUAAAUCGAAACAAAACAAAAAAACCACAAACAACCACUCUCCAUUAGGGUCUACCGUUUUGUCAAGACCUCAGCGUUGCCUAAGGGCCUCCCGAGGAACAAUAGUGUGGUGACGAAUGAGAAACGUGACCACGUGCAAAACACCAUUUGCAAAUUUUACUUCGCACACACACAAAUACAUUUCCUGCUAGAUCUUUUCCAGUUCUUUGUGAGGACUUCAGUACUAAACGACUGGUAACGUUCGUUAUGUUUAUGAUUUUGAAUAACUCCUUCACAAACAUUUUCUGAUCGCCUGUUAAUGCUGACAUUGAAAUUCAAUUCAUUUUGUUCUUUAGAUUUUUUGCAAGUUUUCUAAUAUCUUGGAAAUGCAUUUCACAUAACGUCCACUACAAAUGUAUUUUUAUUGGCUUUGUUCUAGCAAAAACAUAAUUUGCACACAACCAUGCCAUUUUCCAUUUCGCGCAGCUUUGAAUUGUGCCAGCUGCAACAUAAACAACCAAACAAACAGGUAACGAAACAUCAAAUAGUGUAAUAGCAAUUGACACCGGCACACGGAAUCGGUGGUGUCUAUUUAGAUAAUUACAAAACUAGCAAAACCCAUACGGCUGGCUAGCGUCGAGCCGAAACCGAAACAUGCUAGGGACUAGUGUUUUGAGACGGCAGGAAGGAAACAAAUGAAGCAAAGGAAACAAAAUGAACGAACACAAUUUAGAUAAAACGUUAGGGAGCACACUGCUGCGGUAAUGCGUUUGAAAGACAAUGGUCACUAAGGGAGGGCGCGUAAUUCGCAUCUGUAUGGAAAUUAGGGUGUGUUUCACUGGCCAAACAGGUAAAUGUCACUCACCGAACACCGCCAACAAAGCAAAAACUCUCACACCGAGGCAUCGUACCGUAGGCAAACAAAAAACAAUAUACAGUUACUGGACAUUAAUUAACGUAGGUAAGCAGACAAGUAAUACAAAACCCCCGAAAACCGAACGAACACGAAGCGAGCAAACAAGUUGUUAAGGAAAGUUAUCUAAUUCUACUGCAAAAACUAAACAAGAGAAAACAAUGAAUAGAGAUGGGGGAGAAAACAAAACGGUAGCAAGGAAAAAAGGAAUGAAAAGUGGUAAAAAACAAGCAUGACAAAGCAAAACAAAAAAAAACAGUUGAAUAAAGAGCGAAAAACAGCAAAACAUACUAUAAAAAAAACCAACCGUGAGUCGUUAAUUGUGUAAACUAGCAUUUGGGGGAAAAUGGGGAAAAAACAAAUACAAAAAAAGCAAAAAUAAGCAAACAAAGGUUAAACAAAAACGUUAGGAAUCAGUCAAAACUGUAGCAUGUAAGCAAAACUGAAUAACGACAGCACGACAGAGAUGGAGAAAUAGCAGUUAGAAAGCGAUUGUGCAAAAGGUGCAACCCUUUGUAAAGAAAAGAAAAACACAUUAACACAAACCCACACUCAAAACACGUUCAAAUACCGAUCUCAUCGAAACUGAAUCGGUUAGGGAGGAAAAGAUAAUUUAAAACCCAACAAAAAAGUAACAAUGGUGGCUACAAAUCGUUGAAAUUGUCCGUUAAGUUAGAAAGAUGGUUCCGAUCGUUGACGGAAGACAAAAACAGGAUCGCCACAAUGGAGUGUUUGUCAUCGAUCCAUUUACGGAUGUUGAGGAGUAAUAGAAGUACGAUUGGAACUGUAGAACCUACGGGUAAAGGGAAUGCAGGGAGAAGGAACGGGAAGUUAUCGACUCGAUGUGGUUACACGCGCGUAAAUGCAAACGACAUCUUGACUCACACUGCUGCAGUGUCGGAAAUACGCGUUACCCAUUUAUUCCAGCAUUUUACUACAGAAUGUGCUCGCUGUUCGGAUGGUCGGAUACGAAGGAAACGAAUAAUAUGCUUGCAAAGAUGGAAACAAACGAUCGGGAUCACUCUGGAAACACCCCGAGUCGAUUUUUUUGUUCUCAAAGCGAUCCGAUCCUGGUUAAAAUUAAGGGACGCAUAAACCAUUCCCAACGACCUUCAAAUUGUUCGCAAAAAAAAACCCUUCACGCACCGAUCCACAUACACACACAAACAUACACUUACACAUACAAUCACACUGCACUCAUACACACACACACUGCACUGUACGCACACGUACGGCAAACAUUGUUAUACACCAGUUCAGGUGUACCACGUGGAGGGCAGCAUGGCGCGAUGAAUGCACGCUCUAGGAAAACAUCAAAUGUUAUGGCCUUACGAAGGCAUGCGCACCACUCUAGGAAAUAUGCGGACAGUUAUGAACGGCUUUUUGGCACGCGCUUAGUUUACUUUCCCUGUCAUCUGUUUCAAGGCCUCUGGUUAUACUUAUACGACUGUUGCAUCUGCCAGACACUUUAUACUCCGCUCCGCUAUACGCGCUGUAGUGUUGUUGUAUCCAUUUCCGCUCCCAGCCAAUGUUGAACUUUGUUGAGCUGAUAAGUGUAUAGAUUGUUUGCGUUAAAAUGUGUAUUAAGUUUGCACUUCAAAAAGUGGAGUACAGUUAGGAAGAGAUUCACCAGCAUUUACCGAAGAAACAAAUAGGCAAACGUCAUCGGCUGCAACAUUUAGACGAUGUUGGAACAAACACAUCAACAUGCAACUACAAAAUCACUUAGUUGAGAAUUCGGUAGAUUAAACACACCAAUUUCAAACGAAUGUACUACCGGUAGAAGCUAGGACUUACCCAGUUCAAAUCAACCAACUCAGUUCGAUUACUAUGACGCUUGUCUAUUAUUUUUAUAUAUUUUAGAGCGAAAUAAAGAAACACACACACACACACUAACACUAUUAUGUUCUACAUGCUGUUCAUAAUUAAGAAGCAACAGUUAAUCGAUUAAUAAUAAUAAUAGAAUAACACACUCACACACAAAACGAUGUGUUAAGCAUAAGAAUCGAAAAAAAACAUCAAGCAGCCAAAACCAUGGAAAAAGAAGCGGGAAAAAAUCCACACGAGUUAAUAGAGUUUAAAAAUUAUAGAGUAAAUAUAAUGAAGACAACACGACAGAAAAAAACAACACAAGAUAACGAGUAAAACAAAACAGAAACAAACCAUGGUAGCAUUUGUGGGGAGAGGAAACAAAACAGCGCCAGAAAAUCAGUUAGUUUAACUAAUGAUUAGCUAAUUGGUAGAAGGCGCACAAGGUUACGAACACAACACGCAAAAUGCGUUUCUCAAACGCCAAACGUUGAAGAAAUCGUAACGCGGAAGUAAACGAAGAAUACUAGAACCGAAACCGGCACCGGACGGCAAACAAAUGACGAGAGCAAGGAAGUUAAAAGCAGAAGACGACGGAAGAAGAACAGAAAACAGCAAAAAAAUGAACAUGAAAGUAUUAAAAAAAACAACGUCUAUAAUUUGUUUAUGAUUUCUAGCGAAAACAAAAAAAAAGGACAAAAAACAAAAACUAAUAAAAAGAAAAAGAAAGGAAUAAAGUAUUAAUAUCCGAAAAUGAACAGUGUUCGAUCGUUUUCUUUUAUUGUCUCGUUCAUUUACAACAGUACACCGAAACCCAACCGUAGAACCUGCCAAAAUGCUGUGUGUGUGUACCUGUUUGUGCUCUUCCCUUUUGCCUCUCCUCUCUAUUUCUGUGUGUGUGUGCUGUUUGUUGUUUGUUAGCAUGUACGCUGGUAUCUUUCUUUCUCUUGAUUUCUUUCUCUUGAUUUUCCUUUAACUCUUAUCUGCCUUGCUAUCGUACUUGUGUUUCCACCUUUGUCUCUUGUAUGUCAAAUUUUCUCUUGUCUUGCAUUGAACUUUGCCUACUUCUAGUGACACUUGUUAAAUGUUGACCAAACACAAACGGAACGUUGUAUCGGUAAUCGUUUUCUAACGCACCGUACUGUUUAUCUUAUUCUGACUCUCCUUCACCUUUCUUACACUUUUCAUUCUUGCAGCCAGUUCUAUAAGUAUGACCUUAAUAUUCUCAUUCCUUGUCUUCACAUUGUAACCUUUUCUUCUUGCUCUGUAUUCUACCGCUCACACUGUAGGCCACAACACUUACCAUUACAACAUACACUGUAUUGUGACACAAAGCGUCGAACAUAGUAUGCAAAUUAAACAAGAUUGCUUGGGUCAAACCGUGUAGGAAAUUGAAAGGUUUAGCGGACGGACAGGACAAAAGUUAACUGCAGCAACUGCUAGGAGAGAAUGAGGGAAGCAUAACUGCCAUUGAUUUGUUUACCAAACUAUCGUAGACGGUCUACAGUAGUGUUGAAACAAUGAAAAAUUAACAUUUAAAACGAAAAGAAAAUUAACAAAAAAAAACAUACUGAACCGCAUGUCGGAAAAAAUGUCAGAAACUGGACAAUACAAGCAGCUGGCCUGUCUAUAUUGCCCAACGCAUUUUGUUGUAUUUAACAGGAAUUAUUCGGUUAUCAACAAUGUCGAAAUAGGAUCAAAACGGAAACGAGCGAAACCAUUACUGUAGGUAAAUGUGUUUGCUUUCAAAAGAUAACCAUUUAUUUUCUAAAACCCUUUAGGCAGGGUUUCUGCCAAAAGAGCGCUCUUGUUUGUUGUUGAUCAAAGCAGGCUAAUGACACAAUGUUCGUGUGUGACUACUUCUUCCCUCUGAAGAAGUGUAAAUUGUAUGCACAUUAAAAAUGCAAACACCUAAUUAGAAACCUUCUGUACUCAACACGAGCUACACGGCGGGCCAUCGAUCGAAUUAGCAAUUCACAUUACUCAACAGCUGCUAACUGAACGUGACUCCACUAGCUCCUUUACAAAUCACACCGAAACUGGAAACCCGUUGCAAAGGAAAACAUACGAAAAAGAAGUGUGGAAAAAAAAAACUUAGCAGAAUACAGCACAGCAAACAAAAGAACUAUAUUAGGCCUUAAAAUGCAAUACAUAAUAUUUUAAAAGUAGUUGUGAUAAAAAGUGAAGUAAAACAAAACACAAAAAAAAAACAAAAACACCGAAAAACAAAACAAACCAAAACUAACUGGAAUGGUGAAAUGCGGCCAAGGAAAGAUAUGGUUCAAAUAACUCACGAACCACACUCUAUUAAACACAGGCUGUCCGUGCAUCUACAGCACCUUCUUGCGGUCCGUUAAUGGCGAACGAUCAAAACCACGCGCACGCUUUUGAGGAAAACGGCCAUAUUUGUUGUUCGUGUAAAUGGAAAUGGGUCUCAAAGGCUUCAGAUAUUGAAUAGUUGGUAAUGCAAACACAGAAACUUAUAAGAACUACUUUCUCGCAACGUGUGGAAAGUAUGGAAAACUAACAGAAAAGUAACACCCAAACAGAAAAAACAACACCCUCACACAUAUACAGUAAGGUAUGACACGAAGCGCAAGGUCGCGGCGUAAGGUGAAGCUGGUCCCCGUUGAUGAAAUUGUAACACUAGCAAGUAGAUGGUAUGUUGAAUUGUAUUUAAUAGUUAACAUGGAUAGUUGCCUAUAGUGAAAUUGGAAAACGAGAGACAAGUAAUGUAACAACAACAAAAAAAAAAAACAAACCAUCAUGAAGAUGUUUAUUAGCAUACGUAACGGAAGCGGAAGGCCUCUACGUUUGCUUUUUUGGUAACCGUCAUAUGUUAUCCGUUACGAACCGUUUUCUUUUACGUGUUAGUGUGUAUGUUAUAGAAUGUCCUUUGUCAGCGAAUGCGGUUUGACUGCGGGUGGAGAACAAUGAGAACUAAUAAUAGUGUUAGCGUACCUAGCUCGUAACACUGUUCAGUGCUACUGAUCAACAUUACGGAAGGGUAAUGUACUAAUAAUAACAAUAAAGACUCUCUAAGGACUAACAAAUUGAUUGUGUGGUGGUGUUAAUGAUUUUGUUUCGCUGGUGUAACCUGGUGCGAGAUGAGUCAUCUUUAAAAGCGAUCCUGCACUAACGUUGAUGGACAUUUCCUGACACUCCAUUGAGCAUCCGCUGAAGUAAAUGAAGUUGAACAAAUGAAAAAAAAAACAAUACAAAACAAAACUUGACACACACAAAAAAAAACUUUCACAUCUUUGUAAUUCAAUGAAAAGAAGGUACUAUUUGC